UACGAUUCCUAAAUUAGUCGAUAUUAAGAGGAAAAAUAGUUUCUCGGAUUCAAAAUUCAAUAAUUUUUCCAAAAAUGGUUUACAAACAAACAAUUUUAAGGUGCAUAGUCUGACCGCUCGAAGUCUAACCAAAGAGUUUCGUCAAAUGUCUCAACUCAAUCUUCCGAGAACUCAACGAAACCGUAUGGAUAUUAAUGGACACAAACGGCCCGUUAGUCUUAUUGAAAGUGAAUCCAGUAGUCCUUCCAUACCAUGCAGUCCU